CUACGAAUAUCCUCAUCAUCUCGAUCCCAUCGAUCUCUGUCCAGAUUAUUAUUAUUAUACAAUUCCAUUCCCUCCUCCAUUUUCAAUUCUUCAUCAUCGUCAUCAUAUCACCACCACUACUCCACCAUGAGGAUGAUAGACUUGGGAAGCCAAACCCUUCAAAUCAUGGACACCGCGACGAGCGUGGACUGCGCGCGCCAAGUCAGGUUCCCACGCCGCUCCUUGCGCGCGCUCGUCGAGUGCAUCGUCCCUGCCUGCUGCGGCUUCCAGCAGACGACUUUCGACGACUCCUCCCUCUCCUCCUUCUCCUCCUCCCCAUCCUCCGACGCAGCCACCACCAGUACCAGUGGCCGUGAGCCCACGCGGCUGACGGGAACCUUCUUCGGGUACAGGAAAGGCCGCGUCAGCUUCUGCCUUCAAGAGCACAGCCGUAGCUCCCCAAUGAUGCUGCUAGAGUUCGCCGUCCCAACGGCGUAUCUGGCCAGAGAGAUGCAGUACGGGCUGCUCAGAAUCGCCCUCGAGUGCUGCCAUCGUAGUGAUAAUAAUAACAAAUGCUCUCUGUUUCGUGUUCCUGUGUGGACCAUGUACUGUAAUGGGAGAAAGGUGGGGUUCGCCAUAGCCAAACAGCUCAGCCUCUCCGACGUGGCGGUGCUGAACCACAUGCAGUCGGUGUCCGUUGGCGCCGGAGUGCUUCCCGACGGAGAUUUGAUGUAUAUGAGAGCUGGGUUCGAGAGAGUGAUUGGAUCUCCGGAUUCGGAGUCGUUUCAUAUGAUCAACCCCACCGGGUCUAGCUCGGCUCAGCAACUCAGUAUCUUCUUGCUCAGAUCAUCAUGAUGUGUGCGCACGCACUUACGCUAAACCAAACCAGGCAAACAUAUACGAUGAUGAUGUUGUUGAUGAUGAUGGUGAUCGAUGAUGAGUUCAUGAUCAUCAUGAUGACAGCGUUCGGCACGCGCGCGUGUCCUCGUUUCUCUUCGAUGUAAUCACAUGUUAUAUACAUUCUAUUUGUCGGGGAGUAGUCAACAUUAUAUGUAUACAUAUACAUAUAUAUAUAUAUGUAUAAUUACUAUUGUGUCGGAGGAUAUUUAUUAGGAAUAUUUGUAUUUACCAAUUAAGUACCAACUAGCAAUAUAGGUCUAGCUAGGGUUUUAUAUAUUGAGUUAUAUUGUUAUAUAUAUGACCAAUAGAUCAUUGUUCAAUAUUAAUUAUUAUUGUUCAUUUCUUAA